AUGCCAAGUACUCGCUCUCGAAGUGAAGACUUAGUGCUGCCAAUUCCUGAACCAGCGCGUUCUAUCACUGUAUCACGUCGAUUACGACGAACUCGCACUCUUGUUCCUAGUCCUAUUUCUGAACCAGUUGAAGAAUCCACCAUGGGAGAACAGUCGCGCCCUCUCAAGUCUUAUGCCAUCCCUUCGCAAGCUGAACCACACAAUAGCAUUGCUGCUCCUGCUAUUGAGGCGAAUAAUUUCGAACUAAAGCCGUCUUUGUUGUCAGCAGUACAACAAAGUCAAUUUUCUGGGAAUCCGACGGAAGACCCUAAUCUUCAUUUGUUAGUGUUCUUACAAUACGCAGACACUGUAAAAGAAAAUGGUGUCAGUUCAGAAGGUAUCCGACUACGCCUUUUUCCUUUUUUGCUGAGGGAUAGAGCUAGAGCUUGGCUCCGGUCUUUACCCGCUAAUUCAGUCACUACCUGGAAUGAGCUAAAGAAAGUCUUCUUGGCACAAUAUUUUCCACCUAGUAAGACCGCCAUGCUAAGAGCCCAGAUCAAUGGGUUUAGACAAAAAGACAAUGAGUCUCUAUUCGAAGCGUGGGAGAGAUACAAGGAGAUGCUGAGGCUCUGUCCAUAUCACGGAUUAGAAGAAUGGUUAAUUAUCCAUACCUUCUACAAUGGUCUCCUAUACAACACGAGACUUACAAUUGACGCCGCCGCAGGUGGCGCACUGAUGGACAAAGCAUAUGCCGAUGCCUAUACACUUAUCGAGAUUAUGGCUCAAAAUCAUUAUCAGUGGGGAAGCGAGAGAGCUCCGUCAGAGAGAACUUCUGGUGAGAAAUCUUCAACGAAGAGUGGUAUGUACGAGAUAAGCAGCCUUGACCGUGUUAACGCCAAAGUCGAUGCCCUAACUCAGAAGAUCGAAAACCUUACUGUAGCACCUAUAGCCGCCGUGGCUGCUGUAGCCCCCAAUUGCGAAAUAUGCGGGAUGUCCGGACAUGCUGCCCCCGAGUGCCAUCUUUUGGUAGGAGUUUCCUCCGAACCAGUAAACUAUGCUCAAGGAAAUCCUUACUCGAACACAUAUAACCCAGGAUGGAAAAAUCACCCUAAUUUUUCAUAUAAGAACAAUAAUUCUUUAUAUGCGUCGGGCCAAGCACCUAGUAUACCACCUGGAUAUCAAAAGGCACCCUUAGCUGCUCCUAACGUCCCUAGGAAAUCUAACCUAGAAUUAAUGAUGGAAAAUUUCAUAGCCACCCAAACUCAGACUAAUAAGGACUUCCUAAACCAAAACGUACACAACAAUGAGCAAAUCAAACAGUUGGAAACUAAAGUAGACGCGUUAGCCACUCACAACAAGAUGCUUGAAACACAAAUCUCUCAAGUGGCACAACAACAAGCACCUACUGCCGCACCUGCCGGGACGUUUCCUGGACAACCACAACUGAAUCCGAAAGGACAUGCUCAUGCUAUUAUUCUGCGAAGUGGUAAAGAGAUGGACGAACCAACUGACCCUAGACUUAAAAACCCUGCUAUGUUCCAAAGACCUAGUAAAACAACUGAGGAGGAAAGUGGACCCAAAGAUAAAUCAAGUAACCCAAAAGAGAAAGAGGACAAGGAUGGCGAGACGGAGGAAAAAGAAGCGCCAUACGUAGCUCCACCACCCUAUAAACCACCUAUCCCGUACCCUCAAAGAUUCGAAAAAUCUAAAAGCAUAGGGCAGUUUAAGAAAUUUGUCGAACUUCUUAAGCAGUUAAACAUUACAAUUCCUUUUACAGAAGUUAUUAUUGCUCUAUCAAUAGUUAAACAUUACAUUAUAAUCUUUAAAGCUACGCGAUAG